GUCUUGCUUCCUGCAAUCAGACCUCCGUGACCUCGCCAAUUGUGACAAGCGCUGUGUACUACAUUGUUGACAUUGCUGUUGAUGUGACUGGGCCCACUAAGAAUGAAUCAGAGAUCACUUCUUGGCACCUCUCAAGCGACAUCAGGUUGGAUGGGAAUCAUUGGUUUUCUUCCAGGAUGUCUCUGUACAUUACUACAUUCCUUUUACCCUUUAUCCUGACGAGUUCCCCAGUUUCCUGCCGCUGAAAAUGAUCCCCACAGCACGAUGCUGCCACCACCAUACUUGUGGUGUAGGGAUGAAUAUUGCCUGCUGAUUAGCGGUGCCUGGUUUCCUCCAAACAAAAUUCCUGGCAUUCAAGCCAAAGUGUUUAAUCCCUUUCACAUCAGACCAGGCCUCAUUGGUGGUUUGCUGCAGAGAUGGUUGUCCUUUUGGAAGGUUCUCAUCUCUCCGCAGAGAAAUGCUGUUGCUCUGAAAGAGGGACUACUGGGUUCUUGGUCACCUCCCUGACUAGACUAAGAUGAAUGAAACAUCCUGGAUAAAAACCAAAGCUUCCAAUCCAACCCGAUAGAGCUUGAGAGGUGCUACAAAGAUGAAAAGCUCCAACAGGUGUUCCAAAACCAGCUGGAGAGUUGCCUUUUUCCGAACAAUGGAAAUAACCAAACAGCUACACCCACUACGAUGCCGAAUACAUCUGCUGACGGGACAACGACGUCGCAAAACCAAAGCACAAAUGCAGCAACAACAAACGCUACGCAAAGCAACUUCUCAACCACAUUACAGAUCAACACCACUGCAGCAACAACCGCAUUGCCAAGCAACACCACUACUGCAGUAACAACCGCAUUGCCAAGCAACACCACUACUGCAGUAACAACCGCAUUGCUAAGCAACACCACUACUGUGGCAACAACCGCAUUGCUAAGCAACACCACUACUGUGGCAACAACCGCAUUGCCAAGCAACACCACUACUGGAGUAACAACAGCAUUGCCAAGCAACACCACUACUGCAGUAACAACCGCAUUGCCAAGCAACACCACUAUUGUGGCAACAACCGCAUUGCUAGGCAACACCACUACUGCAGUAACAACCACAUUGCCAAGCAACACCACUACUGUGGCAACAACCGCAUUGCCAGGCAACACCACUACUGCAGUAACAACCGCAUUGCCAAGGAACACCACUACUGCAGUAACAACCACAUUGCCAAGCAACACCACUACUGGAGCAACAACCGCAUUGUCAGGCAACACCACUACUGCAGUAACAACCGCCUUUCCUGCCAACACCACCAUUGCAGCAACAACCACAUUGCCAGGCAACACCACCAUUGCAGCAACAACCACAUUGCCAGGCAACACCACCAUUGCAGCAACAACCACAUUGCCAGGCAACACCACCUUUGCAGCAACAACCACAUUGCCAAGCAACAGUACUGUAGUAACAACCACAUUGCCAGUCAACCGAACCACUUCAAUACAAAACAUGACAACAGGUCUAACCACAAUACAAAACAGCACUACUGCAACUACAAUACAAAUGAAUACAAAUAUAGCUACAACAAUGAUACAAAAUAGGACUAUAGCUUUCAACCUGACACAGGACAAUACUCCAACUAAUCCAACUAUCGCACAAAACAACACUAUUACUUCUUCACUUUUAUUACAAAACAACCAAGUUAUCAUAGCUAUACCCUCAUCACUAAUCAUUGACACAGCUGCAGCUGCAACAAAUGGCGCCGGCCGCAGCAUGGCAGAUGAGGCCACCCCGAACACACCCAUGACGAUAGGUGAAACGGCAGAAAGAUUAAAUCUCAGUGCACGUUUUGUUCGAGACGUGAUUCAAAGCAGGCAGUCAAGUGACUUAUUGCAGGGGGUUGAAGUCUCCUGUGCCAUAAAGACUCAAAUAAGAACGACCAACUGCUUGGUGACGCUGGCGUUGAAGCAGAGCGUGCUGCCAUGUUGCAUCCUGCAAACACUCUGCACAACUGGUACAAAUUCCUCUGGCAUCCACGUGGUGGCGAGGAGAGCAAAUCGUUUAACUAUACUGAAUCAUAACUGCAGCAGUGAUCAAUUAGAGGAAAACAUCUGUAUCUAUAAUUCAACCAAUUCAACCUGUGACGAAUCAGCGUUUGGGGCGCCCCCGUGUGGUUCAAACAUUAAUAACUGCAGCUGCUUGUCGUACUGCAAUGGGACUGAUGCAUAUUACACUUUCGAAAUAUCAAUAAAAAACCCAGAAAUUAAUGUCUCCCAUCUUUUGUCGCUGAUUUCCCAUUUGAACCAGAGCUGCUCUCCAACAGCAAAUGUGUCCUGCUCUUCGUCCACCAUUGCUAAUGAAUACAAGAAUGCCACCCUGGACUGUGGACAAACUGCAGCAAACCCUCAGAUGUGCAGAGGGAUUUUACACUUGGCUGAAGAAGUUGCUGUCUGUAACGUGUCUGCAGCCAUAACAGCUGUGUUUCAGUCCCAGGAGAACAUUACUUUUGAUGGACGAACAACCAGGGCAGCUAUUUGUGGACCUUCAAAUUCCAGUGAGAAUCUUCUGGACUCCCAGCUGACUUGGAUCAACACCAACCUCCAACAUGCAGACUUUUGCACGGCAGAGGAAGGAUCUACGCUAUUCUUCACUCAAAAAUGCCAAGCGGGGAAAAACGUGGUGGUGCAGCUGAGGGAACAAUGCGUUCCCAUGGCGUCAACCACCGCCGGUCCUAAUGUGACAAUCGAUCAACCAAACACAACUUCAUUCCCAGUGAACACGACCACGCUGUCUAACACCACAGCCGCUAAUGAUGCCGAGAGUCAAGCCAGUGCUCUCCUUGAGCUGACCAAUGACGUGUCCAGACUCAACGCCAGUCAGGUAGACCAGCUCGUGUCUCAGCUUGAGGCUCUGCUGUCUGGGCCCAACGUCAGCCUGGCUUUGGCCAACACAUCCAUCCACAUCGUCAGCAACCUGCUGAGCGCCACUCCCGAGACGCUGGCACAAUCCUCCGACAGAAUUAUUGGAAUUGUUGAAACGGUGGGCUUCAAGGUGGUCCUGGGAGGUGAAAGCCAGACUCUUCUGGCGCCUGAUUUGGCUCUGUCUGCCCAACCAGUGGAUGGGAGUAACUUUCAGGAAGUCUUCUUCUCCAUCUCAGACCCUAGCGAUGUACAGGUACGAGGUGAUUUUAGACGAAGAAGGAAUGUGAGGAACGACUCAUCCAUCCCUCAGGGUUCCGUCACGCUGCCCCCCUCUCUGACACAAAAUCUCACCAUCGAGGAACAGCAGCUGGUCUCCAGAGUCCACUUCAACUUCUACCAGAAAAGCACCGUUUUUCAGGACAGAUCUUUAGGGACACGUCGACUCAUCAGCGGCAUCCUGGGCGCCAGUGUGGCAAACAUUACGCUAACGGGCCUUCAGGACGAUGUCCUGAUUCGCCUGAGGAACACUGAGCCCAUUCCUGCUAAUUAUGUGGCUUUGUGCGUCUUCUGGGACUUUGCAUUAAAUGAAGAAUCCGGUGGUUGGAACACAAACGGCUGUCGUGUCCAGAGCAGCACAGACAAUUUGACAGUUUGUGGCUGCAAUCAUCUCACCAGCUUUGCAAUCCUGCUGGACCUGGCCAGACAGCCUCUAACCAAUCGAGUCCAGGCCACCAUCCUGACCUUCAUUACAUACAUUGGCUGUGGAAUCUCUGCCAUUUUCCUGUCCUUCACGCUCCUCACAUACUUGGCCUUUGGCAAACUGCGCAAGGACAUCCCUUCCAAAAUCCUGAUCCAGCUGUGUCUGGCUCUCCUGCUGCUCAACCUGGUCUUCCUGGUGGACGCCUGGCUGGCUCUGUACAAGGACACCUUGGGUCUCUGCAUCUCCACCGCUUGGUUCCUUCACUACUUCCUGCUGGUGGCCUUCACCUGGAUGGGCCUGGAGGCAGUGCACAUGUACCUGGCCAUCGUCAAGGUCUUCAACACCCACAUCUCUCGCUACAUGCUCAAGUUCUCUGUGGCGGGCUGGGGCGUCCCCAUGAUCGUGGUCAUCGUGGUCAUUGCCGUGGACAGAGACAAUUACGGCCAGGUGUCCUACGGGAGGUUUUCUGACGGCACAACAGACGACUUCUGCUGGCUGAGAAACGACGUCGCCUUCUACGUGGCGGUGGUGGCCUACUAUUGCGUCAUCUUCCUCUUCAACUUCACCAUGCUGGUCGUGGUGCUGGUGCAGCUAUGCCGCAUGAAGCGAGACAACCCGCACAACUCCCAGCACCGCACCACAGGCCAGGACGUACGCAGCGUGGUGGGCAUCACCUUCCUGCUCGGCCUCACUUGGGGCUUCGCAUUUUUUGCGUGGGGGCCUGUCAACCUGCCUUUCAUGUACCUCUUUGCCAUAUGUAACUCCUUCCAAGGGUUCUUUAUAUUCGUGUUCCACUGUGCGGCGAAGGACACAGUAAGGAGACAAUGGCGGACUUACCUCUGUUGUGGCAAAUUGAGACUGGCAGAGAACUCGGAAUGGAGUCGCACGGCAACACAAAAGACGGGAAAGAAGAUGUCUGUGACCAGAGUCACGUCUCUGCCGUCCUCCACGCCGUCCAACAGCUCGUCAGCUUUCCUCAGUCACAAUCCGGAACAGACUCCAGGCGUAGUAAGCCCGUUCGACGACGCAAUCAUUACCAAUGACGAACAACCCAGCACUGUCAUCCUUGACCAGUUCAACAUGGAGUCCAGGACUUAACAUUGAAAUGUUCUGUUUGUUCCUUUACUGUCUGUCUUAUGACUGAUGUUGUGUAACCACAAAAUCACUUUGAACUUUCAGCAAGGCUAAAAGAGGAGACUCAUAAAAUCUGUUUUGCUCAAUUGUGAACAAAGUGGCGUGUUUACACUGCAGUAUUUUUUUUAUUGCGCACACAUACACACACACAAUGACUUUUUUGGACUGGUGAAUGAUACAAAUAAGUUUUAUUUUGUACUUUGGAUACAAUUCCAUGUAAAUAAACACAUGCAGUAAAUGGACUUCCUGUUCUUUAAUUACAUCAAGAAAGCCAAUGCAAGCAUUUCCCAUCGUUGCUACUUUUUAAUCCUUGAGGCAUUCAUGUCAUAAUUGGUCUUUAUGAUGCUUCUUUAGAACGUGCAAAGGUUUAUCUUUUAUAUUUCUUCCAACAUUUCUUCCCCUCUCCCACAAAAAAAAUCCAUUACACAAAACCAAUUUAAUUACUAAUUGUCACAAAAAAAAAAAGACAAAAAAAAGUUGGACAAUAUAAUUUUUGUGGAACUUAAAGGGAAUAAAUACCAGUACAUGUAACCGAGUCCCACAGGGUUGCUUGUAAACGUGCUGCGUGAGCUACAUUCAGUGUCCUUCACAUGCGUGAGUGGAACGCAUGAUCAGGAGAAAAGCCGAUGUUACUAAUAAUAAAACAUGACAUAAAAAUAGCACAAGGGGGGAAUUAACUGGUGGAAUCGUUUCCCUUUUAAAACAUCUUUUGGACAUUUGAAUGCACAGCUGGAAAACAAUAUAAUCAGAAAAUCUGCAGCAAAAACAGCUAACAAAGAAUUCUGUUGUGAGGAGAAAUUACACAAUUUUUGCGCUAACUUCGAAUCAGUAACGUCACACAAACAGUGUAUGUGCUCACAAAUGAAAAGUGCAACCACCAUCAUGAUAACCAGCCUUUUACAAACACAAAUGAAACAAAGGCAGACAAAGAGAGGGAAAAAUAAAAGUAUUCCUCCAGAUGUGGUCAGAGCUGACAGACUGCCACUUUGUUUGUCAAGGUGACUGACCAUAAUCAUACAAAAGAGUUGUGUCAUGUUUUAUCUUUAAAGUAGUUAUUCUGAGGUCAUGUUCAGUCUGAACACACCUUGAGGGCUGUGACUGAAAAAAAGGCCUAUUCACAUUCCAGCAGCUGGAGAAAAAAGGAAAAAAAAAAAAAAUCUGUGAGAAAAUUUACUUCUUCCACACGGUGUAGAAAACCCAG